GUUAGGAAUUGCCUACUCAUAGAGUUGCAACACUGGGAUUGGCAGAACACUGUCAGCCAAAACUGGCUGCUUUCUGGCCUGAGACACCAACAGAGCAUGCGCUGGUCCUAUGGGCCACUGAUCCCGUGGUGGGAAGGAUGGGGCAGUGGGCUCCUGUUCAGUGAGGGAUCAACAGCCUCCUGAGUUGCCCGGUGAGUUACCCAAGCAAACCCAUGGGCAUGACCAGAACAAAGCAAUACCCACAUCACCUGCCCAGAACACAUGAACUUCCCUAUUCAUCAGGUACGUUCCAGGUGCCAAGUUCAGUGCUAGGCGCUAGGCAAGUUCCCAACAGCAGACUGAGUCUCCCUGCCCUCCAAAUCACCCAGGUACCCUCGCCUGUCCCUAUUUUUAUCACGGCAUUUGCCCGUGCCUGGCACCAUAGUGUUUACAAGCCAUUUCUGCUCCCACCAAAGCCUCAGCCCAGAAAGGCAGAGCUUUUUGUCUGUCCCAUGGCACUGCAUUCUGGCACUAGGGCUUGGGUGCUUGGUAAAUAGUGUUUGAAUGAAGACUUGGAGCCAGAGGCAGACUUCAAACAAGAACUUGUCAGGCUGGCCUUGGCUGGGUGCUCGGAGGAAGCUGGUUUGAGAAUAAAGAUGAAUGAGGAUGUAGGUAGCCAGAAAUGCUCUAAAGAAAAUAACGUAGGGUCCUGUUAGAGAAAGUGGAUUAUAUCACCAAGGUAGUCAUGGGAGGGGUGCUGGCAGUGCGUGAAGCUCUAACCUUGAGAAGAAGGUGGCUUUCUAGAAGGGAAAUCAUGCUCCCAGAACAAGGAAGAGUUGAGGGAGGCCUGGGUAAGGCAGGGACAGCAGCCAGCAGGGGCCUUCAAGGAAGCUACACUUUUGAGUUCUUGCUGUGCGCAGUGCUGAGAGGUAUGUUAAGCUGUUGGGUAGCUCCCCUAGAACAUUGAACCUUAAAGGCAUAAGCAUCAGGGUGCUUAGAUUAAGGAGGGACGGUAGGUGAGUUGGAGGCCAGCGUGUAAGAGGUUCUUUUCAUACCUAGUCCACCUGGGAGAAAGGGACCCAGCCCUAAACCUGCAUUAUUUGAUCAGCUGCCCCCCACCCCCGUGUCCCAUCAUCUGGCCAAGCUGUGUUUUGAAAGGCUAUGGGCCUAGCUGGAACCUGCUGUCUCAGAGCAGGGGGAGGGCAGGGGCGGCUCUUGGGGGAGGGGUGUUUGCUGGUUGCCAAGGUACCUGGGUUCCGGCCUCUGGCAGUGGCCACAGCCAUGCUGUACUCACUGUUCUUAGUGGCAUCACUGUCCCUGCUGGUGAUGCCUGUCCCUAGCCAUGCCUGGUCACGGCCCCUCUGGUACCAAGUGGGGCUGGACUUGCAGCCCUGGGGCUGCCAGCCAAACAGCCUGGAUAGCUGCAGGAGCAGUCUCGGCUGCCCUGGUUACUGGAUGGCCCUGGGAGGAAACCGCGUCUACCCCGUGGCUGGGAUCACGAUCACCACCACCAUGAUGCUGGUCGUCUCCCGUGUGAUGUUGUACCGGUGGCGUUCUCGGGUCGCCAAGGGUCAGCUCCCACAGGUGACCUCCAGCUCCUGCAAACACUGGAAACGACAGGCAGUUGUCUCAGACCGCACCCUGGUCCUUAGGGUCCUUCACAUGCUGGACGCCAUCCUGGUCCACAUUGAGGGCCACCUGCAGCGCCUGGCUUCCCAGCAACAAAUGCAAAUAAAAGGGACUCCCACUCAGUCUGGGUGACCCAAUACAG